UGCUGGCGGAAGUGACGAUCGACCAAUCAGAGAUGAGCUCAGGCAAAUUAUGUAAAGCCUUCCAGCAGACGCGCACAGUACAAAACGCAACUAGAGGCAACGGUCGGAAAGGCACACGACAACCUGAUAUAAGACGAAAGGAGCAUCACUGGAAGCUCUCACCCCUGUCGCUAUCACAGACGUGAACUCGGCUCAACCAUGACGGACUAUUACUGCAUUUUAGGAGUGUGCCGGAAUGUGCCGCUGGAGGACAUUAGGCAAGCGUACAGACAGUCGGCACUGCGUUGGCAUCCAGACCAAAACCUCACCAACAGAGCAGAAGCAGAGCUAAGAUUCAGAGAGCUGUCGGAGGCCUAUGAGGUCCUGUCUGACCCCGUCAAGCGGACCAAUUAUGACAGUUUCGGCAUUCAAGCAGUUGGACACCAGUGUGGCUCAUUUUCAUUCCGCAGUCCCAUGGUCGUCUUCAGCGACUUCUUUGGGGGACAGGAUCCGUUUGGAAAUAAGGGGAUGGCGAUGCCCAUGUGCAACAUGGGCCUGCCCACCAUGCAGAUGCCUGGAUUCUCCCAUGGGCUCUCCGGUGUUUCCAUGAGUUCCAGCUCAUUCAAAUCAACGAGUGGAGGAAUGCCCACUGGAUUCGGAGCAAUGCACACUGGACUGGGAGCAAUGCACACUGGAAUAGGGAUGCCUCAACCAUGCGGAGGAGCAAUGCAUGGCCAAAGCUUCAAUUCUUUCUCUUCCGGCAUUGGUGGAUGUAGUGCAGGCGGUAGGCAGUCUGUGUCAACCUCCACAUGCACUGUCAAUGGAAAGCAAGUCAUGACUAAAAAAAUUACAACGGAUGGAGUGAUCCGAGAGGAGAUAUAUGAAAAUGGAAUUUUAACAUCCGUUAAAGUUGAUGGCAAGGAACAGUUGCUUAACAAGUAAUAUGUUAGCACAGUUUUGGGUGGAGAAAAGGAUGAUCUAACACAGAUGUGUGAGCCUGUUUUCUCCCCCCUGUCCACCACCAAGAUAGUUUCCUUUCAAUUGAAUGCUUUUACAUUUCAGUUUAGUCUAGUUUAUUUGGAGCAGGUGCUUUUUACCUUUUUAUUUGGGACCACUAUUUCUUUUUUAGAAAUACAGAAGAUUUCUGUCUGCUGUAGUCUUCUGUACCUUUUAUACCUUUUUUCCCUGUACGCAUUUUGCUAUAUUGCAUUUUCUCAGUGUUAGUGGAGUGCAGGAUGCUAGUGUUGGGACACAAACAGAUUAGAUAUCCAGAUAGUGCUUGGCUAUGCCUAAUCAACUGAAACAUGCAAUUUGUAUUUCAAUCACUUGUUCAACCAUAGCUGGUUUAAACAUCUUUCCAGCCCUUAACUCUUACCUGCAGCCAAAUGCAUUUUGUAAUUGGCAUUAGGUUAUUAAUUACUGGUAAUCAUUUAGCCUUUUGCUUUUUUAUUGCUUGGAAAGGCGUUUAUCAUUUCUGCAUGACUGCCAAUAAUUUCUCUUCAUGUUCACACUGUUGUUGUGGAAUAACCUGAGAAUAUAAAUGAACUGUGGAUUUUCCAGAAGAUUUUGCUCUGCCCUGUAAGAUGAGUUGAAAUAAAUGCAGGUGCUGUAA